CGCCGCGCUCGGCCUCCGCCGCCGUUCGGCUCCGCGGCGGCCGGUUCCCAGGGCUCUUGGCGGCGCCGCAGUCGCGCACUUGGGGCGCCCGCUGGCCGCCAGCGGCGGCGGCGGCGGCCCCCUGAGCGGGCCCGAGCGGGUGGCGGGGGCGGGCGGCCGCCGCGGCCCAGGCGCGGGGUUGGCGGGUGGAGGCCGGGUCGCGGCCUCUUUGUCUCGGCCGCGGCGGGCGCGUCCGAGGGGCCCCGGGCGGAAGUCCCGGCGCCGCGGCCGCACCAUGAGCGACAUCCGCCACUCGCUGCUGCGCCGCGACGCGCUCAGCGCCGCCAAGGAGGUGCUGUAUCACUUGGACAUCUACUUCAGCAGCCAGCUGCAGAGCGCGCCACUGCCCAUCGUGGACAAGGGCCCCGUGGAGCUGCUGGAGGAGUUCGUGUUCCAGGUGCCCAAAGAGCGCGGCGCACAGCCCAAGAGAUUGAAUUCACUUCAGGAGCUCCAGCUUCUUGAAAUCAUGUGCAAUUAUUUCCAGGAGCAAACCAAGGACUCCGUCCGGCAGAUUAUUUUCUCAUCCCUUUUCAGCCCCCAAGGGAACAAAGCCGAUGACAGCCGGAUAAGCUUGUUGGGAAAGCUGGUCUCCAUGGCAGUGGCUGUGUGUCGAAUCCCAGUGUUGGAGUGCGCAGCCUCCUGGCUCCAGCGGACGCCUGCAGUCUACUGCGUACGGUUAGCCAGGGCCCUCGUGGACGACUACUGCUGUCUGGUGCCGGGAUCCGUUCAGACGCUGAAGCAGAUAUUCAGUGCCAGCCCUCGCUUCUGCUGCCAGUUCAUCACUUCCGUCACUGUGCUGUAUGACCUGUCGUCAGACGACCUCAUCCCACCGUUGGACUUGCUUGAGAUGAUUGUCAGCUGGAUUUCUGAGGACCCGAGGCUGAUUCUCAUCACUUUUUUAAAUGCUCCAAUCGCAGCCAACCUCCCACUAGGAUUUUUAGAGCUCACUCCGCUCAGGGGAUUGAUCUGCUGGUGUGUGAAGGCGCCUCUGGCGUAUAAAAGGAAGAAGAAGCCCCCCUUAUCCAACGGCCACGUCACUGCCAAAGUCACCAAGGACUCGGGGGGGGUGGACAGAGAUGCCCACCUCUUGUACUCAAAGCUCCACCUCAGCGUCCUGCAGGUCCUCAUGAUGCUGCAGGUGCACUUGACCGAGAAGAACCUGUACGGCCGCCUGGGGCUCAUCCUGUUUGAGCACAUGGUCCCGCUGGUGGAGGAGAUCAACAGCUUGGUGAAUGAGCUGAACCCCCUCAAUGCCUCCCAGGAGACCGAGCUCUCCCUGGACCGGCUGGCACAGGCUCUGCAGGUGGCCAUGGCCUCCGGAGCCCUGCUGUGCACGAGAGAUGACCUGAGAACCUUGUGCUCCAGGCUGCCCCAUAAUAACCUGCUCCAGCUGGUGAUCUCGGGCCCCGUGCAGCAGGCGCCCCACGCAGCGCUCCCUCCUGGCUUCUACCCUCACAUCCACACGCCCCCGCUGGGCUACGGGGCUGUGCCAGCCCACCCGGCUGCCCACCCCGCCCUGCCCACGCACCCUGGGCACACCUUCAUCUCAGGCAUGACCUUCCCGUUCAGGCCCAUCCGCUAGGCCGGCCCCCGCGAACCAUCGAGCGGCACCGUGCCUUCUGCGCAUGGUUGGAGGAAGCCUUUCCGGGAAAGGGCAGCCGACCCGUAGGAGAGGCCUCGGGGGGGCAGCUGGGCGGCCCGUCUUCGCUGCAGAACUGCAGAACCACAGAACCAGGUCGGUGCCGAAGUUCUGCGACGUCACUGUCCAGGGGCCUCCUACCUGUCACACUCGUAAAAGUCCAGAUGGGAUCGAUGAAAUGAAAUGUCCAGCCCCCUGUGGAGCGAUGCGGGCAUCUUUAAAAGCUGCCAGGGCUGUGAGCCUGUGGCUGGGGUGUCAUUGCAGACACACGCCCUGAGCCUGUGCUGUCGGAGCACGGAUGGAGGAGCAGCAUUUGUGAGUCCGUCUGUCUGGCUUCCCUCCUUGUGGACGGGCUGUGUCCCCGCCAGGAACACAGGCACUCCUGCAGCUCUGGGAGCGCAAGGCUGAACCGCUGGCAUCGCAAGCUCGCACCCAGCACUUGGUACCCGUCAGGGAAACCUGUGAGCAUGGCCCCCAUUACCAGGGGAAUGAACUUCUCUGUUUUAUUGGGGUCUCUAAAUUUUCCUUUCGUAUGUUCGAAUAAAAUUUUUUCUAAACAAUU